AUGCAUUUAGAGUUAAUGGACAUGAGAAAAAGAUUGUCUAGACUGAGGCAUAAUAUGACUUUGGACAUGGUAUGCCAAUGCCUAAUCACAAAUUUUAGGAUCGCAUUGAUAGCUUCAGACGCCAGGGGCAAAUUGUUUCAAAGGGCUCUUUCCAAGAACGUGCUACCAUCUGAACCGGAAGGAACUGGAACCGGUUCGCCUAUACGGUCAAGUGACUAA